AUCCGGGUAAGUGAACUCUUUAUUUCCACCAAUGCAAUUAUUAAUUUUUUUUAUAUAAUCUAUAUCUUUCCAAUUUUACGGGUGUUAGUUUUUUGUUUUUUUUGGUUCGUUACAACUCCUAUUUGCAUAUGAUUGGUCUUCAAUCUAUUGGUUUGGCUCAUUUGUACAUGUGAGAGCGAAACCGAAGGUUUAUAUUUAUUUAGCUUUGAGACACAUUGUUUGAUAUAGUUUAAAGCUCCCAAUUCAUAAUAUUUUUUCUAUGAAGAGCAGAGGUUGCCGUCCAUUUGUUUUCUUUUGAAUUAUUCUAAAUCACAUUUGCAGUGGGAAAUAGCUACCGUGGACAGUCUUUAUUUGGUCAUUAGCAUUUUCUGUUCUACGCAGUUAAACGGAACAUGUAUUGAAGUUAAGUUGACCGUAGCUAUAACACCAUCAUGAAAUCCUUGUGCAACAGUUAUAGGACCCUUGUUCUUUGCUUUGUGAUGCAGUAGAAAACAAACCCACUUCAACAACCACCUGAAACACACUUCUACAGCUAUGCAAAUCUGAUUUGAAACAACAAAUAUUAAGAGAUGAACACCAACUUUGAGCAAAUAAAAACUUGGAGAUUUGUUAUUAAAAUUUUAAUCAACUUUUCAUUACAUAAACUUGAGCCUAUUGGCUUCACAUUUCAUUAUCCCAAUCUGAUAUGGGUCUGCACAUAGACCUGCAUUAAAAUGUAUUAACAACAGCAAAUGGCUUCUCCAAAAGUCUUCUUUCAAACUCUCCUACUUAAGCUGCACCUGUAGCCAACAAGUUAAACUUUUCACACCCAAAAAAAAUCCCAACUCUCUAUUCUUCUUCCUAAAAUCUGAAGUUCUCCUAGUUUUAGAAAACCUUGCCCAAAAACCAACCAAAACAAAACCCCCAAUACUGCUGUCCCCUCCCCACAAAAGCCUUGCACAACCUUUAUUUAAAAACACCACAAAAACACCAAAAAAAAAAAGAAAACUGACCCACUACACAUCACCCGAAGAAUCAAAUUAAUUCAUUUUUGCUAAUUUUAGAGUCUGCGGGGACUCCACUACUCAGAGCAUGACAGGCAAUAAAACUCCCCACUACUUAGUCAAAGUAGACACACACCAAAAAAAAAAAUGAAAACCAUAUUGGGGUAUGUGGAUGGUCUGCAUCAGACACCCAAGGCAGAAAUAAAUGUUUCAUGAGUGAAACUAAUACAUUUAUAAUUCAUGUGCAUGUUCUGCAUCCACUUCUCUACCUCAUCUUCUUGAAUAUGCUUAAUAGUUUCCUCUGUAAUUCAAUGUCUUUCCCAUUCUUCAAUUUUUCUCUUUUUUCUCCUUCUUUUCAUAUAAUUCAUCUCUCACCGACAUGCACUAGGAAACUUUGGAAAACCAUAAGCUUCGAUGUGAUCCUCUUUAGUAAAAUAAUCAAAUUUAUGCAUUACCUCUUUCCUUGAAAUUGUUGCGACAACUUGUCCAUCAUCUUUCUCCUUUGCAACAUCGUGUUCUUCUCUCUUUGUGUCUUUUAAAAGACACUGCCUUGCUGCAAACUUUUCCUCCUCUACAUUCACAACAAUGUUAGAAAAACAUCCAAGGGAUUCUUCUUUUCCAUCCCGCAACAAACUAUUAGUUACAAAACCAAUAUCUUCAACAAUCUCUUUAUCAAUCAAAAGAUCAUCCAUCAAUACAACUUUCCACUGUUCAUCCUCUUCUUCAUUUAUAUCUUCCAACUCUUCCCAUUCUCUAUCAACUGCUUCAAUAUACUUCACCAAAUCUUCUUUCUCAAUUUCUUCUUAGUUAGCUUUAGCAAAACUAACAUGUUCACGCUUCAUGCCAUCUAUAUCAUCUACUAAACAAACUCUUGUAUUGCUACAUAUCUUUUCCAUCGCAUCAUGCAAUGGCUUCAACUUAUGUUUCACUCCAUCCUUCAUCAAUGAGUAAACAUUGGUAUAUCCAUCAUGCACUACUCUCCUGUCAAAUUGCCAAGGCCUCCCUAACAAAACAUGACAUGCAUCCAUAGGCAUAAUAUCACUCAUUAUCUCAUCAUAAUAUGUUCCAAUAUUAAACUUUACCAAGCUUUGUUCAUUGACCAAAACUUUCUUGUCAUCUUGUAGCCAAGCUAUCCUAUAUGGAUUUGGAUGCUUCUUUUUUUCUUUUAGUUUCUUCACCAUCUCCUCUAACACCAGGUUGUUAGUGCUCCCACUAUCAAUAAUGACAUUACAAACUUUACCCUUGCACUUGCAUCUUGUCUUGAACAACUUCUUUCCUUGUGCUAGUUCAUUGUCUUCACUUAUUAGUGCCCUUCUAGUCAUCAGGAUUUCUCCUCCUUUGGCUUCUUCUGACUGGGAUGAAUGCUCUCCUUCUUCAUUCAUAUUUUCUGCCCUAUUCUGAUCUUCUUGGUCUUUCCUCUUCAUGAGGACACUCAGGAUUUAUGACCUUAUUCACUGCAUUUGUAGCACAUUUCUCUGAAGGUUCCUCUUCUGAACCUCUUCCAGAUCUUCCUCGGCCUCUUGAACUUUGAUCUCUUGACCCAUAUGUGUCUUCAUAUUUCUGAUUUUUAUUGUUGCCCCCCUCAUCAAAUUUUUGAUUUUUUUGGGGGUUAUCAUCUCUUUUGAAUGUUCUUCCAUCGGUCUUUCCUCCUUGGCCUCUUCCUCUCUGUUUAUUUUCAAAUCUUUUGUUCAUUUUGUCCUCAAUCUUUAAGGCAAUUUGGUAUGCAUCUUCCAUUGGAAGGACUCUCAUUAAAGUCAUUUCCUCUUGUAUGCUUGGCCUCAAGCCAUUAAUAUACCUUGCCACCUUCUCCUUAGUUGCCUUAGAAUGCUCGGUUAUAAUGAAGAUUUUGUGAAACUCCUUUGUAUACUCUUUUAUUCUCUUGGCUCCUUGUUUCAAUCUUUGCAUCUUCUUGAGUAGAUCUAAUUCAUGGUCUAUAGGAAUGAAUUGUCUCUUCAUUGUCUCCACCAUUUUGUCCCACUUUGUGAAUUUUUUUUCCUUUUCUUCCUCUUUCUAAUUGGACUUCUCUCCACCAAAUUGAAGCAUGUCCUUUUAGCUUGGUUUUAGCAGACCUCACUCUAUCAGGAUCUCCUAUUUCCUCAAACUCAAAAUAUUUUGUGAUGUCCCCUUCUAGUUGACAUCUGUCAGCUGAGUAGAUUAGCCUAUCACUGACCCUCGUAGGCUGAUGAGGUUGGGUAGAGAGUCCUCCAAAGUUUGAUUCACCACCUUCAGAGCAAGCACUCCAGGUCUGGUCUUCGUUUGAGGUCUCCAGGACUCCGUUUGAGAUACUUUCUAUUUUUAGCAGUCCUGCUAUUUAUAGCCAGUAGGUUGGGCAAGGACAGAUUAUGGUUUGACAGUCUCCAGUUCAGACGACAGACAUUUCUGAUGAAUUGUUAGAGAGAUAUUAAUAUUUAAUUAUUUUUAAUUAAAUAUUAAAUGGCGAACUUUAAUGUUUUAAUGUUUUAAAAAGUCACUUUAAGUUAUAACUUAAGUGAGGGUCUAUUUCUCAUCAGAUGGGGCCAGUUUUUAUAUUCAAUGGAAGAUGAUUUAUUUUUGACACUUCAAUAGUCAAAAAUAAAUAAUAAAAGUUAAAAUAUCAUUAAAGGCCAAGUCGCACCUUUCUUGGGAAUCGCGCCAACCCUAAAUGGAGAAGAUUAAAGAAGAUUUUAGGUCUUCUUUUCAUUAUGCUAAGUUUUGAUAUUUUUGUUUGGAGCUCUGAGAGGAGUUUUGGCCUAGGGUUUCAGUAGAAGAUUCUUCUGCAGUGAUCAGAGGUAUCGGUACAGGAAAACGUGGGAUUCUUGUGCAACAGCAUCAGAGGUUGUGAAAUAUCAGCUGAUCUUGCUCUUUCAGUUGGUUUUAUCCAGAAACAAAGAUUGGACAGAUUGGAAAGGGGUUUAUUAAUUUUUAUGCAAAAGAUUGAUUGCAGCCGCAGAGUCAGAACAGAGGUAGGAAUAAGUGUGUGACAGAUGGGGGUUUUGUGCAUGUACAGCUUGCUGAUCUGCCGUACCUUUCUUCCUUGAAAGGGUACGAUUUUUGCUGAGGAGUCGUCCAAAAAUUCCAAAACAAAUGCCAGAAGGGACGCCUUGCCAAUGUCUUUCCAUCGGGCUAACAUGCGAGUAUUUUGGGUCAGUUUAAAAUAAAUUGCAGCUUGCUGUCAUAAAAUUUGUGCAUGACCAGCAAUAGGAAAAUAAGGGUUUUAAUAAAAUAUACUGGUAUUUAUUAGUUCUUCUCUAGCUUGAUGUUAUUUUUAUUUGAGUAUUAAAUAAAUGAUGAACGGAUGUAAUGAGGGUUUGAUCAGUGUUGUUGAAUAUAAAUUGAUUUCCAGCAAAUACCAUUAGUUGCUUUUUGUGCUUAAGAUUGUCAAAAUUCUAUUUGCUGUCAUUAUUUGCAAAGAACACACUUGAAACGCAACAGGUUCAGCAAAACGUUAGUUGUCUCAGUUGAGGGCCUUUUGAGGUUCUUAUAGUGGUAUCAGAGCUAAAUCCUGCCAUCCUAAGGGUUUAGCAAUUACAUGCAGUCGCAGGAAACGGUUUCACACAGGUAUUACACACGCAGCAGAGCCUUUCGUGAAGGAGAAUAGAGUUUUAACAAGCAGUCAGAUACCAUGGGUGAAAGGCAUACAGGCAGUCCAACUAGAGGUCACAGAGCUGAGGAUGAGGAGACAAGAGAAUUCUUUAGGACUAUGACCACUGGGCAGCAACAGGUUGCGCAGGCUUUACAGACACUCACCACCAUGAUGGAGCGUAUGAAUCCUCCAAACCGAAACAAUCAAGAACCAGAGGACAAUAGGAGUGUAGCCAAUAUUCCUAGACCUCACAGGGUAGCUACACGCACAGUUGACAGGCCUUCAAGGCCAAAUUUUUUGGCAGAAGAACCUGAGGAUGUUGCCAGAGCCGAGGCAGAACCUGUUUUUGUUGAUAAUGUUAUGAUGGUACAUGAUGAGUGGAGUCUUCUUCCACCUGAUGUGAGGCAGAAUCUGAAUUUUGAUCAGUUAAUGAGGCAAAAACAGGAGGUAGAGAGAAACAGGCAAGAGAGGAGGCCUUGUUCUCAACAUAGAGAUCUUGAGUUUGCCACAAGCAAGCUCACCCUACCUUAUUAUGAUGGCAGAGGUGCAGUUACAACUAGAUCUUGGAUCCAUAAACUGGAUACAUACUUCACACUGAGACCCAUGAUUGAAAGGGAUGCAAUUAAGUUUGCAACCUUACACUUGGACGGUAUUGCACAUGAGUGGUGGCAUAAUGGACUCAUCACUCUCCAACAUGAUGAGAUUACCACCUACCAGGAGUUCGCUGAUUUGUUAGUUGAGAGGUUUGAUAAAAAAGACCCCGAGUCAUACUUCCGGGAGUUAGCACAGCUGAAACAAACAGGGAACUUGGAGGUGUAUUUUUCAGAGUUUUUGAAGCUGUCAUACAUGGUAAAUAACAUGUCAAAUCAGCGAUUAGUAGUGUUGUUUAUAGAGGGACUCAUGGAGCCUUUGAGAGGCUGGGUAAAGACAUUUGAUCCCCCAACACUUCUACUCGCCAUUAAAAAGGCACGGAGUAUGGAUGUGACAGCCACUCAAAAUAAAUUUGGGACAAAAGGAUCAACAUCUUUCAAAGAUAAUAGGAAUUCCAGCAAAGGGAAAGAAAAAUCAGACUUUAGAAAUGAUUACAAGCCAAAGCCAACAGCCCCUCCCUUAGAUCGGGAGACACUUAACGAUUUAAGGCAAAAGAAACUCUGUUUUUAUUGCAAAGGUCCAUAUGAUGCCAACCAUGAUUGUCCUUUGAGGCCUAAGGGCAAGGCAAACAGAGUAAUGUGGGCAUAUUAUGAAGAUUCUGAAUCUGAUCAUGAAGGUCAGCCUGCUGGUUAUGAGAAUUUAGAGGCUGAAGAUGACACACAGGGUCCUCCGAGACUCGACAAAAUGGAUGCAGAAGGUGAUGAGCACCUUAAGGAGGCACUUCUCAUGAGUAUUCGACAGGAAGGGUCAUUUAGAAUGAGAGGAGUACUUGCUGGUCAGAAAGUUAUUACACUGCUGGAUACCGGAGCCACACAUAACUUUAUUGAUGCCAGGUUGGUGGAGAAGAGAGGAAUCCAAACAGAGGAGUUUGAGGGCAUUCGCGUGAGGGUGGCAGAUGGUUACACUUUAAAGUGUAAUAGGAUGAUCACACAACUCCCAUUACGUGUAAACAAUUAUGAAUUUGAGACUGAUUUCUAUGUGGUUCAGAUGGGAGACACAGAUUUGGUCCUUGGUAUGAAGUGGUUGCAUGAACUAGGCAAGUUUACACUUGACUUGCAGGAGAUGGAGAUGUCUUUCACCAUUGAUGAGAAAACACAUGUGCUGAAAGCGAUUAAGGACAGCAAUUUCAGAAUGAUUACACUCAGGCGGAUGCAGAGGCUUGUACGCCAUGAUCAGACUGAGUGGGUAGCAGAGUGUAUGAUCAUGCUUAAAAAGUUGAAUAUCAUCCGAACAUUCAGAUACUGAGAACCAAACAUAGAAAGGUUUUCAGUGACGUACCAUCAGGGAGGCCACCAGAUAGGGGUUUUGAGCACAUCAUUGAGCUAGAGGAGGGAGCGAAGCCAGUAAUGAUUACUCCAUAUAGACAUCCGAAGCGCCUGAAAGAUGAAAUAGAUAAAACCAUGCAGGAGCUUCUGGCCAUGGGACAUAUUCGGCCUAGUAAGUCCCCCUUUGCUUCUUCAGUUGUUUUGGUGAAGAAGGAUGGCACAUUGCGGAUGUGUAUUGAUUACAGGGUCCUUAAUAGGCGGAUGAUCAAAAACAGAUAUCCCAUCCCGCGUAUUGAUGAGCUCAUAGAUGAAUUACAUGGGGCUUGUUAUUUUUCAAAGAUUGAUUUGAGAUCAGGCUAUCACUAGAUCAGUGUUCGUGAGCAGGAUAUUGAGAAGACUGCUUUUCGUUGUCAUUAUGGACAUUUUGAGUUUGUGGUUAUGCCAUUUGGGCUAACCAAUGCUCCUGCUACUGUCGAGUCCACAAUGAACAAAGUCUUCAGACAUCAGUUGAGGAAAUCAGUAUUGGUGUUCUUUGAUGAUAUACUGGUUUACAGUCGUACUUGGGAGGAGCACCUCAGUCACCUAGAUACAGUUUUGAGCAUUCUGAGCAGGGAGUCCUUGUAUGCCAAGGAAUCCAAAUGUGACCUUGGAAUGACUGAGUUAUUGUACUUGGGCCAUAUUAUCAGUGCAGAGGGAGUGCGGAUGGAUCCCGAGAAGAUCUGUGCUAUUGUAGAUUGGCCUACUCCAGUGAACCUCACUCAGUUGCGUGGGUUCUUGGGCCUAUGUGGUUUCUAUCGCCGUUUUGUAAACGGUUAUUUGCGCCAUGCGGCACCUUUGACAGACUUGAUGAAAAAGGGUGCCUUCUUAUGGACUCCUAAGACCCAGGAGUGUUUUGAGAGGUUCAAGGAGCUCAUGACUUCAUGUCCAGUACUUGCUACACCUGACUUCUCGAAGUCAUUUGAGUUACAAUGUGAUGCCUCUGGUGAGGGCAUUGGGGCGGUGCUUAUGCAGGACAAACACCCUAUUGCUUAUGAGAGUAGGAAACUCCAUGGAUCUGAGAGAAUUUACAGCAUUUAUGAUAAGGAAAUGUUGGCCAUAAUGCAUGCAUUGGCCAAGUUUAGACAGUACUUAGUGGGCAGCAAGUUCUGCAUUAAGACUGACCACAAUAGUUUGAGACAUUUCCUUGGGCAGCGUGACUUAAAUGACAGGCAACAAAAGUGGGUCAGCAAACUUACAACUUUGAUAUUUCCUAUAUCAAAGGCACACAGAAUGUAGUUGUAGAUGCCUUGUCACGUCGUCCCCACCUGAAUUCUAUGGUCCAAAUAGUAGAGGAUUGGCGGCAUAUUAUAGUGGCAGAGUACGCCAAAGAUAGUUGGGCUGCAGGUGUGAUAGAGGGGUCAGUAAUGGACAGCAGCUAUACAGUUGUAAAUGAAUUGAUCAUUUACAAGAGGAGAGUGUACUUGAUCCCAGGAUCAGAGUUGAGGAGUAGGGUACUGCGGUUCUGUCAUGAUGAACCGAUAGCAGGACAUCCCGGGUUUUUCAAAACCUACAAACAGGUGCGUGAGCGCUUCACGUGGAAAGGGCUCAAGGCGGAUGUUCUACAGUAUGUUAGAGAGUGCCUUGUUUGUCAGCAGAAUAAACAGGAGCAUACAUACCCUGUUGGUUUACUUUAGCCACUUCCAAUUCCUGACAGGAAGUGGGAAUGUUUGUCUAUGGAUUUCAUCAUAGGGUUACCGAGAGCGCAGGGACGUGAUUGCAUAUUUGUGGUUGUGGAUCGUUUGACGAAGUAUGCUCACUUCUAUCUGAUCACCACCACUUAUUCAGCUAUUCAGGUAGCAGAGUUAUUCUUCAGAGAGGUAUUCAAAUUACAUGGGUUGCCUCGGACUAUUGUCAGUGAUAGGGACACGCGGUUUUUGAGCCACUUUUGGCAAGAGCUUUUCAGACUCUGUGGGACCGAUCUUACACCGAGCACUAGUUACCACCCUCAGACUGAUGGCCAGACUGAGAUAGUUAACAAAUGGGUGGAGGGAUACCUCAGGAACUAUAUUUUAGGGCAGCAAAAGGCGUGGGUGAAGUGGAUUUACCUUUAUGAGUACUGUUACAAUACCACUCACCACAUGUCCAUUCAGAUGACUCCAUUUACAGCAUUGUACGGGUAUGAACCUCCCAGUUUCAUUGACUUAUUGCUGAGUGACAGUAGGGUGCCUAGUGCGGGAGACAUGAUACAGGAGAGUCAGGACAUUGUGAAGACUUAAGGAAAAUAUAGCCAAGGCACAAAAUCAGCAAAAACAAUAUGCUGAUUAGAAGAGGACAGAGAGGUCAUUUGAGGUAGGAGACAUGGUGUAUUUGAUGUUGCAGCCUUAUCGACAGUCUACUCUCAGGAGGAGUGGAGCAGAGAAGCUCAAGCCUCGAUAUUAUGGCCCUUUCAGAGUAACCAGGCGUAUAGGUGAGGUGGCUUAUGAGUUGGAUUUACCGGCAGAUAGCAGAGUACACAAUGGGUUUCAUGUGUCACGUCUCAAAAAGGCGUUGGGACACCGUUGUAAAGCGGAAAAUCGCGAUCGAACCCUAGCUGCUCUCCCCUCUUCCAACUCCAAGGAGAGAGAAGGGAGAUUCACUAGGGUUGAUGGUUUUCACUUAGGGGAGAGACUUUACAUUCAAAAGAGGGGUUGAAACCCACAAGAUCCAAUCCCACACAAUGCAAGAUUGGAUGCUAAAUGUGUUUCAAGGGUUAAGAAAGCAAGGCUACCCUCUUUUGUAAAGAAUGUUGAUAGAAGAAUUAAGCUAGGAAUGCAUAGAAAGUGACAAAGAUUCGCUUAUAAACUGAGAUAGGGAUACAGUAUGAAGCUGCGGACCUGGAAUUAGCAGUAAAAUGUCGAUACGGCGCUGUCCUGCAAAUUCGAGCAAAAGUUGUCGGGACGAUGGCGCCCGAGCGCCACGGUCCUCCGAAAAAUCCGUGAAACGAAGGGGGAUCUGUUCGUCUCUGCACAAGGAUUCCAGAUCUUCAAUUUCAGUCGCGUACCUGCAACCUACACACAGAAAAGCGAAGACGAUUGGGGGGUUAGGGAUUAGGGGUUUGCCUUUAGGUCAAACCCCGGUUUUGGAAUUAACCAAGAAAUGAGCAAGUGCUGUAAAUGUAAAUGUAUGUAAAACAAGUACUAAUACCUUGUUCUAAGGAUGUUUGUAUCCUUAUGUGCGAAGGUAUAGAUGUUGUAUGUUGUUGUAAUAUGUAGUAUGUGAUCUCCUCUUCAAUGGUUGGAUCCUUGUCUUGAAUGCAACACUUGGCCUUGAAUGGAGACUUAGAAGGAAUGCUUGAAUGUUUGAAUGUUUGAGUAUAGUUUCCACGCUUGUAUACAUAUGUCCUUCUUACUUUCAUCUUCUCCCCAAAAUGUGAGAGAAAAUGUAGUUUAUAUACUUGUCAUUUAGGGCUGAUAGACUGAUUUUCCCGACCUUAGGCCGACCAGGAAAGUUAAUUUCCAAAUUGCAAACAAAAAGACCCGAGACCCCUUAGGAGACCGGGCCCAAAAUAGGACCCAGGGACCAGGGCGCUGGGCGCUCUGGUCCCACCUCCCGGGACAGCAGGGUGCAAAGGAGGUUCAGGCCAGGGUGCUUGAAAAUGCAGUUUUCAGUGUCGUGAGCAAGUUUCGGGGUCUCCAUUCAGGUUGCGUGUUGCGUCGCCAUCGUGAAGACCGAAAUGCAGUCGAAAUUGCAAGUGUCGCAAUUUUAGGACGCUACAACCGUAUUGUUCCUUCCACGGUCUUACCACCCUUGGAUGAUGAGGGAAAGUUGAUACUCGUACCUGAGGCUAUCAUUGAGUUCAGGGAGAGGAAUUUCAGGAGAUGAACUAUCACAGAAUACCUGGUGAAAUGGAAGGAUUUGCUGGUAGAGGAUGCUACUUGGGAGAGCGAGGAGAUUUUAUAGCAUCCGGAGUUGAGAUUGCUUGAGGACAAGCAAUUUUGGGAGGGGCGAACUGUGAUGUCCCCUUCUAGUUGACAUCUGUCAGCUGAGUAGAUUAGCCUAUCACUGACCCUCGUAGGCUGAUGAGGUUGGGUAGAGGGUCCUCCAGAGUUUGAUUCACCACCUUCAGAGCAAGCACUCCAGGUCUGGGCUUCGUUUGAGGUCUCCAGGACUCCGUUUGAGAUACUUUCUAUUUUUAGCAGUCCUGCUAUUUAUAGCCAGUAGGUUGGGCAAGGACACAUUAUGGUUUGGCAGUCUCCAGUUCAGACGGCAGGCAUUUCUGAUGAAUACUUAGAGAGAUAUUAAUAUUUAAUUAUUUUUAAUUAAAUAUUAAAUGGCGAACUUUAAUGUUUUAAUGUUUUAAAAAGUCACUUUAAGUUAUAACUUAAGUGAGGGUCUAUUUCUCAUCAGAUGGGGCCAGUUUUUAUAUUAAAUGGAAGAUGAUUUAUUUUUGACACUUCAAUAGUCAAAAAUAAAUAAUAAAAGUUAAAACGUCAUUAAAGGCCAAGUUGCACCUUUCUUGGGAAUCGCGCCAACCCUAAAUGGAGAAGAUUAAAGAAGAUUUUAGGUCUUUUUUUUCAUUAUGCUAAGUUUUGAUAUUUUUGUUUGGAGCUCUGAGAGGAGUUUUGGCCUAGGGUUUCAGCAGAAGAUUCUUCUGCAGUGAUCAGAGGUAUCGGUACAGGAAAACGUGGGAUUCUUGUGCAACAGCAUCAGAGGUUGUGAAAUAUUAGCUGAUCUUGCUCUUUCAGUUGGUUUUAUCCAGAAACCAAGAUUGGACAGAUUGGAAAGGGGUUUAUUAAUUUUUAUGCAAAAGAUUGAUUGCAGCCGCAGAGUCAGAACAGAGGUAGGAAUAAGUGUAGAACAGAUGGGGGUUUUGUGCAUGUACAGCUUGCUGAUCUGCCGUACCUUUCUUCCUUGAAAGGGUACGAUUUUUGCUGAGGAGUCGUCCAAAAAUUCCGAAACAAAUGCCAGAAGGGACGCCUUGCCAAUGUCUUUCCAUCGGGCUAACAUGCGAGUAUUUCGGGUCAGUUUAAAAUAAAUUGCAGCUUGCUGUCAUAAAAUCUAUGCAUGACCAGCAAUAGGAAAAUAAGGGUUUUAACAAAAUAUACUGGUAUUUAUCAGUUCUUCUCUAGCUUGAUGUUAUUUUUAUUUGAGUAUUAAAUAAAUGAUGAACGGAUGUAAUAAGGGUUUGAUCAGUGUUGUUGAAUAUAAAUUGAUUUCCAACAAAUACCAUUAGUUGCUUUUUGUGCUUAAGAUUGUCAAAAUUCUAUUUGCUGUCAUUAUUUGCAAAGAACACACUUGAAACACAACAGGUUCAGCAAAACGUUAGUUGUCUCAGUUGAGGGCCUUUUGAGUUUCUUACAUAUUCUUCCAUAUCAUUCAGCCAAUCUACCUAUUCUUCUGGAUUGAAAUUCCCACUAAAUGUAGGAACAUCGAUCUUGGGUCUUUUUCCUAUCCUUGAUAAUGCAAUUACCAAUGGGUCAUUUGCAACUACUGCCACUGCUUCUCUUUGCUCAGUUGUUUGGCUGGCAUUCUCCAAAAUCUCUUCUUCUUCAUCACUCACUGGGUCUCUCAUUCUUGCAAACCCUCUUCUAAUCUCUUCUUGUAAGGUUUCGACUUGUUUUCUUAAGGCUCUAAAAUCAUCAUCAUGAACAAAAUUACCACCUCUUCCCCUGCUUCUAACUCCAACUCUACCCCAACCACGUGGGACUCCUUUUGCAUUCAUUUUACCAACACCCACAAACUCGACCUUGGUGCAAGUUGCCUCCCUCUGGUGAAUCUGCUAGAGUUUUUUGGCUUUGAUACCACUGAUGCAGUAGAAAACAAACCCAUUUCAACAACCACGUGAAACACACUUCUAGAACUAUGCAAAUCUGAUUUGAAACAACAAAUAUUAAGAGACGAACACCAAAUUUGAGCAAAUAAAAACUUGAGCUUUUCUAUUAAAAUUUUAAUCAACUUUUCAUUACAUAAACUUGAGCCUAUUGGCUUCACAUUUCAUUAUCCCAAUCUGAUAUGGUUUUGCACAUAGACUUGCAACAAAAUGCAUUAACAACAGCAAAUGGCUUCUCCAAAAGCCUUCUUUCAAACUCUCCUACUUAAGCUGCACCUGAAGCCAACAAGUUAAACUUUCCACACCAAAAAAAACAACCCCAACUCUCUAUCCUUCUUCCUAAAAUCUGAAGUUCUCCUUGUUUCAAAAAAACUUGCACAAAAACUAACCAAAACAAAACUCCCAAUACUGUUGUCCCCUCCCCACAAAUGCCUUGCACAACUUUUAUUUAAAAACACCACAAAAACACCAAAAAAAGAAAACUGACCCACUACACACCACCCGAAGAAUCAAAUAAAUUCAUUCUUGCUAAUUUUAGAGUUUGCAGGGACUCCGCUACUCUGAGCAUGACAGGCAAUAAAACUCCCCACUAGUUAGUCAAAGUAGACACAAAAAACAAAUUUGAAAAUCAUAUUGGGGUAUGUGGAUGCCCUGCAUCACUUUGACUUUGUUAGGAAAAUGCAAAUGUUGUUGACCAACAUAAUAAAUUUAUCACAACAUUGCACGCAAAGCCUACCUUGAUAGUUUAGAUAGUCUGAAAUAGUCUUGCGUAUUUUUUCUUCAUAGCGACUAGUUUUGAUCACUUAGUAGUAGUGUAACAUUCAACCUUUGGAGUGUGAAUUCCAAUUCAUUUGGAUGGGAAAUACUUAACAUUGGAUGUUUGAAGGUGAAGAAUAAAUUAUUUUAAUGUCCAUGAGGCUAAAAAUAGUCUAUGGGACAGACCGCCUCACAAGUUGACUUCUGCAUUUUAGUCCUUUUUCUAUGCAACAUGAUGAUGAGUGCCCCCAACUUCAUGAUGAUGAGUGCCCUCAACUUCUCUCCAAUCCCCUCACUGAAUAAAUUAUCCCAAGAGCUAGCUGCCAAGGUAUUUAUAUAGCUGUCCAUGCUGUCCUUGAAAGUGUCACACUCUAAAAUGAAGUGUUUUUCUGUUUUCACUUAAUCGGAAGUGCAAAAAAUACACUCUUUCUUCCCAAGUUUCUUUUGGUCUUUCCAAUGUUUGGUUUCACAACAGAGUUGAUGAGAGUUAGUUCUUGACUAAGGAAUAAGAAUUUUGCCUCUCCAAGGGAUAUGGGUCCCUAUGUACACUUUUUGACAAUGGUUACAAGUGGGAUUAAACUCUUCAAUAUAAUAAUUUUUCUUUCUCCCUAGCCUUUCAUCCUAAGUGCGCUUGUGGAACUUAUCCAUAACAAAAGCCUUUAUCUUUUUACCAUUUGUAGGGCACAUGUUCAAGUAAAUAUUCCAUUUACUAAACCAUUUGCUAUUUUGUCUCAUCCAAGUCUUCUUUCAUUUGCACAUUGUGUCAUUGAAGACAACCUUAGGCCAUUUGUCCUCUUCUAUUUGCUCAAUUUUUUAAAAUAUCUUAAGAGUCUCACCAUAACAAUUGCUUCAACAGGCAUAGCCCCCACUUCACUCAACAUGAUAUCAUAAGGGUCUGAAUUUUUCAUUUUGAACUUGUUUGUAAUCAAGCAUUUUUGAAUUUUCUCAAUAUUCUUCAACUGUAAAUUAGAGGUACCAUUGGCCCACAAUUAACAACCAUAGAAUACAAUUGGAAGCACUCAUAGCCCAAAAAGAGUUUGGUUAGUCUUCCAAUCCCAUAGCUCUGCCUCUCUGCACCUAUUAUGAAAAGCAUAAAACACUUUCCAGCCUCCCAAAGUUCUCUUCUUUCUGCAACCUUCCCAACUUAGAUUUUUGUUGAAGUCAUUUAUGAGGUAUUUGUAAUUUGCCACUUCUUCAAGAGAACUGCCUUCAAAGUAGAACUUAUGUUGGCUAUGUUUUCUUUUGUUAGAGAAAAUUAUCACUCUCAUCUUGCUAAUACUGACUUGCAUACCCACCAUUCUACAAAAUUGCUCAAGGGAAAGUAAGUGCUCUUGCAAGCCAAGAGCAAAUUUAGCAAUUAGAAUAAGGUCAUCUGCAUACAAAAGAAGCCUUAUAACAAACUUGCCCAAAUGAACACCAUCACCUCCUUGCAAGCUUAACCAUUCUUCAAGUUUGUCAACGUAUAAACCAAAAAGGGUAGGGGACUAUGGGCAUCCUUGCUUGACCCCGAUAUCACUCUUAAAACUUUCGGAGAUGUCAGCUGAAGUUUUGAUUUUGACUUUUACCUCCUCAUACAGCCUAUGAACAGCUGCUCUAAGAUGCAUAAGAACCCCAAGUCCUUCAUUCUGUGCCAAAGCUUAACUCUAGGGACUAUGCCAAAAGCUUUUUUGAAAUCAACAAAGCAACAAAAGGCUUCCUCUUUUUCCUUCCAAAAUUUUCAAUGACGCACCUUUAAGUUAUACGGUGAUCAACAAUGGAAUGCUUAGGUCUCAAACCUGCUUUCCCUUUAGCUCAUUUAUCUCUUCCUUCUCCCCACUUGUUGAUUCUAUUUUCAGUCAUACUACCAAAUAACUUUGCAAACAAAGGAUUUAUCAUAAUGGUCCUAUAAUUGGAGGGAUUAUUGAUGUCACCACUUUUUAAAAGAGGUAUUGCUAAGCAAGUUGUCCAAUCUAUAGGGAACUUCUGCUAAAUGUUGUUGAAAUUUUUUGUAAUGUGAGGUGCAAGAAUUUUCAUACUCCACUUUAGAUACUCUGCUUGAAGUUCAACUAAGUCUUUUGCUUUACCAACACCCAACUUCUUAAUACCCAUCUUGAUCUCUUGUACGAUGAAAAACUAAGUAGGGGUGUUGACCAAAGGGGGAUGGACAACCUACGAAUCUUGCUCAUAAAGCUGCCUUGCGCAAUCAAACCAUUGAGAAGAUGUAAUAUAAUUUUCAGUUUGUCUCUUUCUUGGUUGACGCUCCUUUCAAAAUAACUUGGGGUUAGUUUUUCCAAGGUACAUUAGCUCUUCCCUCCUUGUGACAAUGAAAUCAGCUUUUUCUUUCUUAAAAUCUGCUUGUAAACUUUGAGGUUUAGUUUUUUGUUGUUUGUUUCUUUCAAAAUUCUCCUUGACUUUUUGUAUUCCUCAUCAAACCAAGCAUUAAUCAAAAAGCUAUUUGUUUUAGAUUUUGUAUUUUUUUCUCUUUUACAUUCAACAAGUGCCCUUUGAAUUAGAUUUGUUAGCUCAGGACUAUAAAGGCCAUGGAGCGGAAUUUUCUCUUCCUAAAAAAGCCUCUCUAGCGCCAUCUGGAAGUGCCCUUUGAAUUAUAUUACUUUGAGGGCUAAUGGAAGCCCCCCACAUUCCUUGUAGACACUCCUCGCUAUUUAUUGGUCAAUGCUUAUGGGCAACAUUCCAUCAGUUUGUGGAAAGGCAUGGAAAGAAAACAGACUCCAACUGUCAUCCUUAGUCAAAUCUUGCAUUUGCAUGAGUGAUGAAGGCAAAAUACCCAAGUGGGAGAGCACAAUAGUACUUCUUGAAGUGGCAAUGAUGAUGUUGGAAUUCUGGUGUGGAAAGAGAGGCACACACAGCUCCUCUACAAGUAGGUUGCACUUGCACUCUCAAACAUCAUCUAGAAACAGGGCAAACUUGUAAUUUGUCAUGCUUCCAUUAACCAAUUUUUCAAAUGGUCUUCCUCUCUAGUCUGUAGUGUUUCAUCUACUUUAAGAGCUAUUUGUUUGACAAGAUCGCUUCUGAGAGCAUUGAAAGAUGCAUUUUGUGAAACAGUAAGCCGAAGCAUCAAGUCAUGAGUCUGUACCUGGCUAUUGUUGAAGGUUCAUUUCAGUAGCAGAGUCUUACCAGCCCCGCUCAUCCCAACAAGGCCGAAUCUUGACAAUUUUUUGUGUUGGUGUGAAUGAAUGAGCUCCACAAGUGUGUUUGAUGCAGAAUCUUGUCCAACAAUGAGUGCCUCCUCAAUAUACUUCUGGUUGGAAGUGGCUGAAAAAGUGAACGGAAAGAGAUCUCCAGAUGUGCCACUGCCGGCAAGUGGUGGAGUAGGCAGAUUAAGAGAAUUUACUCUCUCUUUGAUCUGCUCAAGCACUUGCUGAUUGGCUAGUUGUAGCAAAGCUACAAGAGGUGUAGAGGCUAAAUGCAUUUCCAAAUUUGGAAGGAGCUACCUGAUCUUUCUGCUCAUUUUGUCAUGAGAAAAGAGAUGAGAGUGUGAGGAUACAACGCAGUGCUGGGUCAAAUCAGAUGCUUCCUCCAGAAGAGCAUUCAAGUCGUUCAACCAGCUUUUGACGGUGGAGGGCAAAGGACGGUGAUGGCAACAUUGAUACGACUAAGAAUUUGAUUUCCAAGUGAUUGAAUGGCGUAACCAAUCAUUCGAGAGCUCACAGGAGUAGGACCACUUAUUUUUCAGGCACCUCAGAAAGAAUAUUGAAAACAGGGGAAGAUGUACCAAUAGGAGCUAAAGCUGUGGUUGGAGAAGCAGACUAAUCUACUGGCUUGUCUGAAACGCAAACGCUAUCUUUACCAUUUGAUAUGAAAUGCUAUUAAUUUCUAAAUGUAUGUUGAAGUUUCUAAAUGCAAGUUCCUAUUUUGAAGAAAUCUUUUAAAACUUCCAAAAACAAAAAUGCAGAGCAGAUUUGAAGUUUCCAAAAACAAAAAUGGAGAGCAGAAAUCUAAGACAUAGUUUCUGAAACUUUUUAUCUUGUAAACUAAUCUAAUUAAUAAUUUGUGAUCUUGUAUAAUAAAUUGUAAAAUGCAGAUGGCAAUUCAGAUAAGGAUAGAUAACAUAUUAACAACUGCCUCUCUUAGAGGCAAGUUUCUAUAUCCAUUGAUUUGGCGAUUUCUGUUUAUUUUGGUUUAAAAUAUUUGAGCUCAGAGUCUUCAAUGAGGUUGAUAGUC